UGCAUUCUUUCCCACCCUCUGUCCCAUCCAACUAGCUACUUAUAACCAAAGCGAUGAGACACGCGGACAGCUGAGAAGUACCCUUCCCCCAGAUUUGUCAAAUAGAAAUUUGUUCUUUAAAGAGCAUUAGUUGUUGGCAUACAAUCCCGGACAAGUUCUGCUGGCUAGCUAAAUUACUUUACUCUUUGUAACCUAAGAAAUAGUUUUAGCUGGGUAACUAUACAAAACAGCCAACGCAGAAUGACACAGAUUUUGAGAGCAUAUAAUGUUGCCAGAACCCUAAAGCACGGAUGGUCCUUAGGAAGAAUCAGCAAUUUUGCCGCCUGGAAAUCAAAUGGAAUUAGAUUAUUUAGUGUAAAGGCCCAGACUGCACACCUGAUCCUGGAGGACGGCACACGAAUGAAGGGCUUGUCCUUCGGACACGGACGCUCUGUCUCCGGGGAGCUGGUCUUCAACACGGGCCUGGUGGGUUACCCCGAGGCCCUGACUGACCCCAGCUAUAGAGGGCAGAUCCUUACCCUCACCUACCCCAUCGUGGGCAACUACGGCGUGCCCAACACCCAGGAGCUGGACGAGCUGGGCCUGCGGAAGCACGUAGAGUCGGAUCGGAUCCAGGUCUCAGGGCUGUUAGUGCAGGACUACAGCCACGAGUACAGUCACUGGAACUCAGUCAAAUCCCUGGCUCAGUGGCUACAGGAAGAGGAGGUCCCUGCACUGUAUGGUGUCGACACCAGAAUGCUAACGAAGAUCAUCCGAGACAAGGGCACAGUUUUGGGGAAAAUGGAGUUUGACGGGCAACCAGUGGAGAUUUUCGAUCCCAAUCAACGGAAUCUUGUGGCCGAGGUGUCGACGAAGGAGACCGUGGUGUUCGGGAAAGGAAACCCCAUAAAAGUGGUGGCUGUUGACUGCGGAAUCAAGCACAACAUCAUCCGACUGCUGGUGAAGAGGGGAGCAGAGGUCCACCUGGUGCCCUGGGAUCAGGACCUCCUCAGUCUGGAGUACGACGGCCUGUUCAUCUCCAACGGCCCCGGGGACCCCGCGCUGGCCGGGCCCCUCAUCCACAACCUCCGCCAGGUGCUGGAGAGCGACCGGCCCCAGCCUGUAUUUGGCAUCUGCAUGGGGAACCAGAUCACCGCCCUCGCUGCGGGGGCCCAGUCUUACAAGCUGCCCAUGGGAAACAGGGGUCAGAACCAGCCAGUGCUGAACCUGAUGACGGGUCAGGCCUUCAUCACGGCACAGAACCACGGCUACGGCAUCGACAGCCAAUCGCUGCCCCCGGGCUGGAGCCCGCUGUUCGUCAACGCCAACGACGGCACCAACGAGGGGAUCAUGCACAAUACCAAGCCCAUCUUCACAGCGCAGUUCCACCCCGAGGCUAAAGGGGGCCCCACUGACACUGAGUUCCUGUUUGACGCCUUCAUCGCGAUGAUAAAGAAGGGAGAGAAGGAAAGCAUCUUCUCUGUGAUGCCGAAGAAAGCGGACGUUCCCCAGCGGCCUCAGGUGUCUAAGGUGCUGGUGCUGGGGUCUGGCGGUCUGUCCAUCGGUCAGGCCGGGGAGUUUGAUUACUCCGGGUCCCAGGCGGUCAAAGCCAUGAAGGAGGAGAACGUGAAGACGGUGCUGAUGAACCCCAACAUCGCCUCGGUCCAGACCAACGAGGUGGGCACCAAGCAGGCCGACUCCGUCUACUUCCUGCCCGUGACCCCGCAGUUCGUCACCGAGGUCAUCAAGAUCGAGCGUCCCGACGGCAUCCUGCUGUCCAUGGGCGGCCAGACCGCCCUCAACUGCGGAGUGGAGCUGUUUAAGAGCGGGGUCCUGCAGCAGUACGGGGUGCAGGUUUUGGGGACCCCGGUCGAAUCGAUCAUGGCCACCGAGGACCGUCAGCUCUUCGCCGACAAGCUGACGGAGAUCAACGAGAAGAUGGCGCCCAGCAUCGCCGUGGAGACGGUGGGGGACGCCCUAAAAGCGGCGGAGGAGAUUGGGUACCCCGUCAUGCUCCGCUCGGCCUACACGCUGGGGGGGCUGGGCUCGGGCCUCUGCGGCAGCAGGGAGGGGCUGGAGGAGACGGCCAGGAAGGCCCUGGCCACCAGCUGCCAGGUGCUCAUUGAGAAGUCCCUGCUGGGCUGGAAGGAAGUGGAGUACGAGGUGGUGAGGGACGUGGCCGACAACUGCGUCACCGUCUGCAACAUGGAGAAUUUUGACCCUCUGGGGAUCCAUACAGGGGACUCCAUCGUGGUGGCGCCCAGCCAGACCCUGUCCAACGAGGAGUACCACAUGCUGCGGGAGACCGCCAUCAAGGUGGUGCGGCACCUGGGCAUCGUGGGAGAGUGCAACAUCCAGUACGCCCUGCACCCGUCCUCCCUGGAGUACUGCAUCAUCGAGGUCAACGCCCGCCUCUCCAGAAGCUCCGCCCUCGCCUCCAAGGCAACCGGGUACCCCCUGGCGUUCGUGGCGGCGAAGCUGUCGCUGGGCAUCCCGCUGCCCGAGAUCGAGAACGCGGUGUCGGAGAAGACCACGGCCUGCUUCGAGCCCAGCCUGGACUACAUCGUCACCAAGAUCCCGCGCUGGGACCUGGACCGCUUCCACGGGAUGUCCCGCGAGAUCGGGAGCGCCAUGAAGAGCGUGGGGGAGGUGAUGGCAGUGGGGCGCACUUUUGAGGAAAGCAUCCAGAAGGCCCUGCGCAUGUGCCACCCCUCGGUGGACGGCUUCGUGCCCCACCUGCCCCUCAAGAGGGCGUGGGGCGCCCAGCAGGACCUGCAGCAGGACCUGGCAGUGCCCUCCAGCACCCGCAUCUUCUCCCUGGCAAAGGCCCUGCACAGCGGCCUCGGCGUGGACCAGAUCCACCGGCUGACCGCUAUCGACAAGUGGUUCCUGCACAAACUGCGGCGCAUCACGGAGCUGGAGCACCACCUGGGGAAGUUCCACAGCUCCACGGUACCCCUGGACCUGCUCCUGAGGGCCAAGCAGGACGGCUUCUCUGACCGGCAGGUGGGCCAGAUCCUGGGCUGCACGGAGGCAGAGGCCAGAGAGCUGAGACUGAGCCAGAACAUCAGACCCUGGGUCAAACAGAUCGACACGCUCGCUGCAGAGUACCCUGCGGUCACCAACUACCUGUACUGCACCUAUCACGGCCAGGAGCACGAUUUGGACUUUGCGGACCGGGCGGUCAUGGUCCUGGGGUGUGGCCCGUACCACAUCGGCAGCAGCGUGGAGUUCGACUGGUGCGCGGUCUCCAGCAUCCGCGCGCUCAGGCAGAUGGGCAAGCGCACGGUCGUCAUCAACCACAACCCCGAGACGGUCAGCACCGACUUCGACGAGUGCGACCGCCUCUACUUCGAGGAGCUCACCCUGGAGCGCAUCCUGGACAUCACUCAGCAGGAGGGCUGCAGCGGGAGCAUCGUCUCGGUGGGGGGGCAGAUCCCCAAUAACCUGGCCAUGCCGCUGCACCGGAACGGGGUGAAGAUCCUGGGCACCGACCCGGAGCAGAUCGACCGGGCCGAGGAGCGCUCCGUCUUCUCCAGCAUCCUGGACCAGCUGGGCGUGGACCAGGCCCCCUGGCGGGCCCUCAGCUCCCUGGAAGAUGCCUUUGCCUUUGCCAGUAAAGUGGGGUACCCCUGUCUUCUGCGCCCCUCGUAUGUCCUGAGUGGCUCGGCGAUGAACGUGGUGUACGGUGAGGAAGAAAUGAAGCGUUUCCUGGAAGAGGCAGCACAGGUGUCGCAGGAGCACCCGGUGGUCAUCACGAAGUUCAUCUGCGGAGCCAGGGAGGUGGAGGUGGACGCGGUGGCCAAGGCAGGCAAGGUGCUGGUCCACGCCAUCACGGAGCACGUGGAGGAUGCUGGAGUCCACUCUGGUGAUGCAACCCUCAUGUUACCGACACAGUCCAUCAGCCAGGGGGCGCUAGAGAAGGUGAAAACUGCUACCCGGAAAAUUGCCAAGGCCUUCGAGAUUUCAGGGCCUUUCAACACUCAGUUCCUGGUGAAAGGCAAUGAUGUCAUGGUGAUCGAGUGCAACCUCCGCGCCUCCCGCUCCUUCCCCUUCGUCUCCAAGACGAUCGGCGUGGACUUCAUCAGCGUGGCCACCCGGGUGAUGGUGGGCGAGCCGCAGGAGGAGGCGCGCCUGCCCUCGCUGGAGAACCCCAUCAUCCCCGUCGACUACGUCGGCAUCAAGGCUCCCAUGUUCUCCUGGCCCCGGCUGCGGGACGCCGACCCCGUCCUGCGCUGCGAGAUGGCGUCCACCGGAGAGGUGGCCUGCUUCGGACCAAACAUAUACUCUGCCUUCCUGAAGGCCAUGCUGUCCACGGGCUUCAAGCUGCCCCAGAGGGGCAUUCUGAUCGGGAUCCAGCACUCUUUCCGACCUCGGUUCCUGGCCACGGCCCACCAGCUGAAUGAGGAGGGGUUCAAGCUCUACGCCACCGAGGCCACCUCCGCCUGGCUCAACGUGAACGACGUGCCCUCCGCGCCCGUGGCCUGGCCCAGUCAGGAGGGCGAAGACGGGCCCCUGCCCAGCAUCAGCAGGCUGAUCAGCGAGGGGCAGAUUGACCUGGUGAUAAACCUGCCCAACAACAGCACCAGGUUCCUCCGGGACAACUUCCUGAUCCGCAGGAUGGCAGUGGACCACGGGGUGCCCCUAAUUACCAACUACCAGGUGGCCAAGCUGUUCGCCGAGGCCAUAAAGUACAGCAAGACGCUGGACACCACCAGCCUGUUCCACUACCGCCAGCGAGACGCCAGUCAACAGGGAUAGAGCUCCGCCCCC